CUAACGUUAGGCUGUAUGCUUACAUUUGCAUUAAUGCAGCGCGCAUUCUCCAAGCCUGAGCUUCAUCAUACAAAUUCCUUCUCCGUCGACACCACCAUCAGUCAUUCAGGGGUCAGCAGUGUCACCGAAUUUCCUCGCGAUUCAGAAGUUAUAGAGGUGUUCAACUGCACAGCCGAAAGGACAAGCAAGUGCAAGAAGAUCGGUAGUUUUUCACUAAUUAAUGCUAUCUGUUCCAGAUAUCGGCUGAGCCUCCUGAAGCCGAUUGUUAAAGCACUUCAGAUAUCGAACAAGGUUUCGAUAAGAGUGGACAGCCGCGGGUUUCUUUCAAUGCAGUAUUUGAUCGAUGUUGGAGGGGAGACGACUUUCAUCGAGUUCUUCUUCCAUGGCGCAACAGUGCCAAUCCUUCAACAGUAG